GUCUAGAGUAGCAGCCAUUUUCAGAGAAUACAAGAUUGUAAUGGUGGGAGAAGGAGGUGUUGGAAAAUCAGCCAUGACUAUCCAAUUCAUUCAAUCUCAAUUUGUGGAUGAAUAUGAUCCUACGAUUGAAGAUUCGUAUCGUAAACAGUGUGUCAUUGACGGUGAAUGUGCACUAUUAGAUAUUCUUGAUACAGCAGGACAAGAAGAAUACAGUGCUAUGCGAGAACAAUACAUGAGGAAUGGAGAAGGGUUUGUCCUUGUGUAUGCUAUCACUUCCUAUCGAUCCUUCGAGCAAGUUCAGAAAUUACAUGAACAAAUCAUGCGGGUAAAGGAUAUAGAAUCCAUUCCUGUCAUUUUAAUAGGCAACAAAUGCGAUAUGGAACGUGAACGACAAGUGCCUACACAUGUGGGUAAAGCAUUGGCGAAACAGUAUGAUUGUGAGUUCUUGGAGACUUCAGCCAAAGACAGAAUAAGAAUUGACGAGACAUUCUAUGGCUUGGUACGUGAAAUAAGAAGGGUAAAUCAAGAGAAGCAAGACAAACAUGCUCUCUAUGAAGACAGGACAGGUCUCUAUUGUUGUGGUGAAUGCAUUCUUAUGUAAUUUAUUGGAAAAUGUCAAGUGUAGUAAAUGGUUUAUCUCUAUUUUGUUCUUUGACUUUGUUGGCUGU